AUCGAGAUGUCGUAGUUGUCCAUGUACCUGGUUUCGAGUGGUCGUGUUUGCGCUGAUACUUUGGCUUUGGGUGCUCUAUAAGUGCGUGGAAGUCAAGCGUUUCACACUAGAGAAAGACGAGGAAGCUGCACUCAAUGCCCUCGAGAAAGCGGCUGAAAGCGGUAAGUGGGAUGCUUCGUAUUCUAUGGGCCUUAUCUGCGAACAAAAACUUGCCGGUUUAGAGCAAGAGCUCAAGCAACUUCAAGACGAGAUCUAUGGUGAAGAUCGUAAGCCGGAUAAGGUUAAGGCUAUCCUCGCUGAAGCAUCCUCAGUUCCAUCCUUCCUUGGCCUCCUCUUCAAGAGGAAAAGGGGCGCAAGAUUUGGCUCAGGGAUGCGACGCGGUAGCUCCAACGAAGAUGAUGAAGAAGGAGGAGAUAAUUCAGAAAAUCGUACACAACUUGAUGUAGUAGAUGAUGAAUUUAUCGAAGAAAUAGGGGGAAAACCACUUCUACCAGGCUCUAGAAACUAUGAGAAAGCGAAAGGCAAAGCCUCCAGUACAAGUGCAAUCCAGAAGCAACAGAAGAAGCGGGAAGAAGAAUUAGAGAAGGAAAUCAAGGAGACCCAGCUCAAAGCAGCCAAGGCUUUCUGGAGGACCGUGCUUGUCUUAGAAAAGUACUGGAAAUUAUGGUGAAGACACACUGUUUUUGUUAAAUUUUGAGAAUGAGCAUAAACUCAAGAAGUGGAUUAAUGACUUACUAAUGAAAGCGGCGACAAUCUAAACAAUUCAUCGCUCUUCUUAUUUUGAGAAUGCGCAUGAUACUCCUGACGAGACGAGGGCGGGAAUGUCGUUCCGAAGAUAGUAAGUUGUAAGUGUAAAAAGAAGGAUAAGUAUUAAGGCUCAGCUUUCAAUGGUCAUUGGGGUUGGUCACUGAGGUCCCUCUUGAGGAAAGAUGGGGGGAAAAUGAAGGAAAAGCAAAGGGAGAGGCAUGGGGCCCAUUUCUUUCAGAGUCAGUGACCAUUGAAUGCUGAGCUUUAAAAGUAGGUUCUCGGACCGAGAAUCGACUACCAUAAUCUGAAUCAUCAUCAAGAAGGAUAGGUAACAAGAAGGGACAAAGGGGGAACGACAACGACAUUCCAAACCCAAUUACCAUUACAUCGAAACAAACUCUUACUGCUCCUUCCCAAUUAUCACUCGUGGAAACAUUCAUGAAAAGCAAUUCCGGAAGAGGAAAUGGAGAUAAAGCGAAUUGUGAAGGUCAGUACGAAUUAUACUGUGUCGCCAAGUGUCAGGGACAUGCUUAUUAUGGAGAACAUAUCGGUUAAAAGUACUUAGAACAGUAGAACUAGUGAACAAGUGGAAGUCCUGUAAAGUGAUUUUGGUUACAUCUUGUUCACAACCAACUUGCUUACUUUCGUAGCAGAACAUGGUGAACUACUCUUGCUUCUUCACCUAGUAUCUUGCUUUAGUAUCUUGCUUUACCCAGUAUCUUGCUUCACGACCUCUGUUGCUUCACCUCGUAUCUUUUCGAUAUCCAUAUCUUCGAUCCAUAAACAAAGUAGCUUCUCGAGAGCCUCAUCCCCUGUCUUCAUUUGUCUAAUGUUCCCAGAGUUGCUGAACCGGGCAAAGACUAUGUUUUUUGGCUAAGCCGUUCGUUCGAGAAUGACCCGCUGGAGGCUUUGGGGAAAAUGGUCGAGAAAUACGAAAGUGGCCAGGAGCGAGAUUGGGAUGAAGAAAUGAAACUCAUUGAAGCGAUACUGCAACAGAUAUUAUGGAGGCCGGUUACUAACCUUGUUGUUCACUAGACACCUGCACGAGUGUAUAGCACACUGGAGGCGGUAGGCUUGUUGAUGCUUGUUGAUGGUCUCAAAGUAGUUGAUCAUUCAUCAUGAUCAUCACUAACGUGGUGGAAGAGCAGGAAGUGAUAGGCUUCUAAGGGUUUUUAGUGCUUCAUCUCCUGUACCUCCCCUACUUCCCCUAAUCUUCGUUCUCUCUAACCACAGUCUCCGAUCAACAGCGUUCCAAUUUGGUUGCGAUGAUUUCAGGUCCUGGAUACGCGAAGGAGAACAAAGACGCCUACGGCGAACUAACACCUCUGUUCCCUGACAAAGCAAGACGACGGAUAGUAGAAGGGCACGAUUUCCAAAUGAUAGUCACUUAAGGGUAGGUCAAAGGUGCUUUUGUUACGGUUUGUUAAUAUGGCUCUCCUAAGGGAGACAUGCAUAACAAACGGGAUAAACGAGCACCAAGAGCCUACCUCUAAAGCAUGUACGCCAUGGCGAAGUACUACAUACACAUUAUGGCUUCUUGGGGUCAGCCCCUAAUCCAUCACCAUCUGCAUCUUCGCUCUGGUCCAGGAACGCUUUACUCAUGGCAACAUUCUUUUCACACAACAUCUCGCUCCUGAGCAUUCUAAGUGUGGAAUCCAAAGAUGGUUUUGAGAGUUGUUGAACUAAACCUCUUAACUAAGCCUCUACUUCCUCUUCCCCUGCUUCUAAAAACAGGAGCGGUUAUCUCCAUUUUUUGCCAGAAAGUUAUGUGAUAACGAAGAGGGCAGAAAAGCCAGGUGAAGAAGACGAGGUAGUGUACGGUAGCAAAGGGGAUACAAACACCACACGGCGGGCUCCUUUUCUUAUGCUAGUUUUCAGAUUUGAGGAAUGAUCGUAGCAUGAUAUUCCUUCAAAAGUGGUCUUCCAAGAACUUCUAGGAGAUGAAGUAGCUUCCUCGCGUCGCUCACAUAUCAUUUACGUCAGCCCGCCAAGGGGAUCAAAUCCAAAAAGACUUCCAGCACUAACACACUUCUUCCAACACUUCUAGCACGACCAAAUACUACUCUCUAAUUUGCAGCUCGGUGCCGAGCCCGUGCUUGUCCAAGUACCUCUCUCUGGCUCUUACCUGAAGGUAGCAGCUGACUUGCACGAUGGCAACGCUGUCCUUCUUGCUGCCAAUUCAUUUGAGGCUGAGAAUUGAUAUAAGUUCGUAAUUCAAUCAAAUGUUCUGGAUGUUCCUUUGUCUGUAACUGUACUAUAGUACCUGAAAAGGAUAUUACAUACUGGUCAAUCAUGUUUCCCUCCGAGUCCGAUACUUUUGAUAUUCAGGCAUCUUCUUCCAGGUGAAGAAGGACGAAUGACGGAUAGCUCUAAUUCCUUUCUCAAAGGCACGAAUGGUUUUCCUGAGAAUCCAAUAAAAUCGGCACCCUACCUUGAGGAGGCUGUCCAAAUCCAUGGUCGCAUCGGAGCAAGGAUGCAGCUGUUCCAUAUUUUGUUACGGCAACACUACAGACUGUGGUGCAUAUGCGGAUUAAAGAUCUAGUAUCCUGUCUCUGAUGUUGUACUUUACACCGUAGUACUUCUGCACUUGCACUCCGUACUUCUGCACUUGCUUCUACUCUCCAUCUUCCACCUAACAAACUCUAAUCCAUACCGCAGUAGGUCAGCAAAAUAGUGUCGAUGUCUCCUGCGAAAUGGUGAAGCAUUUAGCGGCUGUCUCCUUCGACAUGGAACCCGUGUCGCGUUUGAUGUUUGCUUUAGCCUCACGAGUAGCAAAUUUAAGGGUACACCUUUAAGGUGCUUCUCUUACCGCUUUUCAUGCCUCUCUCCCUUAGGAUGAGAAAGGCAUAUUAACAAGCGGGGUAAGCAAGCACCAAAAACCUACCUCUAACAAAUGUUGGGUCCCAAGGGGAUGACAAGGCGGUUGCUGAAGGAAUGCCUGGCCACAUGAAGAUUGUUAUGGCUUCACUAGACUAGACAUGAUAGACUAGAAGAAGAUCAUACUGAAUACUGAUGUCAAAUCGGAUGUCGGUACCCUUAUCAUAUUUAGUCAAUUUCUCAUUUGAAGUACUCGAAAACUGAAAAUAACCGAGUAAGUGACUGAAAUAAGGGAGGUAAGUAGGUUUGACAGGGCUACUCUUCCUUAUUCAAGCUCAACUGAGCUUAUUUCAAGUAGUUAGUCGGUUAUUUCAGUUUUUCGAAUAUAUUAAUUCGGUACCCGCCUUAAUAUUGCAUUCAUUGGUUAUACUUUUCCUUGAUGUAGUGAUCUUCUUCCAGUGGCUCGUUCACGAAUUCUACUUACUCAAAAAAAAUCAUAAUGUACAUAAAUCUUGUUCACGACUCGUUCUAAUGUAAGAGCUGCGCUGCUUUUCUCCCUGUUAUCGGAAACAGGGCAUACAAUUGCGACCGAAAACGCGAUUCAUUUGAUGACCGAGAUGCCUAUCGGAGUAACAUUCUUACCCGCCUCUUAUGGAAAAGGAGGAGGGACGAGAGGAAGACAAUCUACUUCUAGAUCCAGUUAUGAAAAUGGAAAAUCAAGUACUCAUACGCAUACUCAACAAGAACAAAGUACAACACUCAUACGCAUACUCAACGAGAACAAAAGAGGCAGUCGACAUGACAUACUCAUACGCAUACUCAACAAGAAAUCUGCAAGUUCUCUUUCUUGGUUACUUGCGGGGACGACCUCCUUCAGACCAAAACGGGUCAUCACGUCGACAUGUCCUAUUUGAAGCCUGCCUGUAUUAUUUUAAGAAGUAUCAGUAUGCCUGAUGUAUUGGUUUAAAAAGUAUGAGUGGGUAUGAGUAAUUUUUUUCCUGUCAUUGUCAUACCAAUUAUACCUCCAGCACGACCGCAGGUAGUUCAGCCGCUGCACGAAUGGAAGAUCCACAAGAGCAAGAUGAUGACAUCGUUGUACUUCCACUACCCGUGUGGCGUGGCACGUAUUGCUGUCCUAGUGGCGACUGCACUCCUGAGCGCACAGGUUGGCUAAUGAACGAAGGAGGCCAUACAUUUCAUACUUGCAUGAAACUGUGCGAGAGUGAUCUAAAGUUAAGGUCAGCUUUUCCUUUUACUCAUCUUUCUCAGCAUCUCGCUACCCUUGCUUGGUGGAUUUCAUGGGAAUUUAGGGGUCGAGAUAAGGGGAAGGGGAUCGAGAAGAUGAACAAUAUAAGCCGACUCUAAGAGAGUGUAGCUUUGUCACCUUUUACGACAGUGGCUAUUGCCAGCUCUCUGCAUCGUGUGCGAAACGGGAAGUAGCAGGCGACCCUUCCGCGAAGACGUUCAGGAUGCUAGAGCUGAAUACCCCUGGAACACCUCGAAGUCGUAGUAGCGCAUCUACACCAAUUUAUGAAGAGUAACAUCAUCAAGAUCAACCUGCAAGGGUAAGUAUCUUCCAUCACAUGAGCAUCAAAUUAUCGGAAACAUCUGCUACCGAAAUAAACACUCCCAUUAGUUCCUCCUUUAUCCCGUCCUGCUCUGGUGUGUGCGUUUUGAUCAAAUGAACCAAUGCCGGGGUAGCUCAAGCUCUAGAAUUAAACUAGUAAUAAACUCCGUCUAGUAGUCCCUUCAGCAGCACUAUUUGAUAGCCGUUUCGUAGGUUCUUCGACUUGUGAAGAACGUGAUGAGCCGAAAGAUGUCGUUCCAGAGGAUGGGUUGAUAACUACAUCCUUCUUCUAAAGGGUGGAAAGGGCGCUCUGUGCUAGCCUGCGCUACUCGCCUUGUCUGCGCUGUUUUCCGAAGCCUAGCGACUAGCGUCUCGUGCCUUGCUCGCGCGCGCGUCAAUACUGAUAUAUAGGCACGAAGUAGCUAGUUAAGUAGCUGCUACUUAAAUAAAAGUUUUUGGUUUUCGGCGCACCCGGUAGAAGACGCGUGCCCGGUAGAAGACGCGUGCUGGUAGGAAAAUUGCGUUCCAUAUAACAUCCUUCUUCUAACGAUGAUCAGCAGGGACGAUCUUUAUGCUUCAGGGAUGUGGACAAAAAAGUUGUUUCCUUCAGCCACGAUUCUGCGCUGGGCAAUUAGCGAGUCGUAUCGGGUCCAGAGAGCUAGCCUCAACAGCUUACGAUCGUGGUGGCUUUUUACAACUAGCUACGAACUGGUACUGCCUAAAUCAAGAUCUUCCUCCCGGGCUUAACCUUAAGCAAGAAGAAGACGCUGAUAGUGACGAUAGCGACGAAGGGGAGGACGAGCAAAAGAAGAUAUUGCUGUUAAGGCUUGCCGUAAUUAUUCAUUGUGUAGCACAACGUGUUCAUAAAUGAUAAUUGCUAACCUAAGACUGCGACUGCCUGUAUUUCUCGGCUCUUAUGAUCUCUUGCUUACCAGUCAUUGAAGGCGCAUUUUUAUCUCUGACCACACGUUUUCAAGAAGGGGGAAACACGUCAAAGAUGACUUCCAAGAUGAGUUUAAUAGGUAAGAGCUCUAAUGUUGACACAAUUACAGACAUUGACUAUACCUAACAGUCAAGUGGCCUUGAAGGAGAAGCUUCUUUGCGCAUACGGUCGUGCAGAAGAAGGCACGCACCUUUUCCACGCAGUGAAAACGACCUUGGGGACUUUUAAGGCUUUUUUGGUGUGUGUAUAAUCCGUUGAGAAACCUCCUUCUCAGUAAGUAUGUACGAGGACUCCAUGAACAGGACACAGUUUAUUUGAACAAUGAAUUGAUGAUCUUGGAGUGGCUGUGGAAUGAUGGUUCUGCAGUUGUUUCUCUAAUCUCCUAGAUUGGAUGACAGACCGGAGCAAGCCAAUGCCAGACGACUGGAGCGAGCUGUCGAUAACUACUUUGUCUCUAUCUCGCAUCGUAAUCACGCUCGUCCGUCAUUUUCUGCGCCAUUGCCGAUCUCGCGUCGAUGAAGACAGCGUCACAAAUUUUUUCGGGUCUCUUCUUAAGGCUGACGAUUAAAUACUAAUAUAAUAAAUGUUUAAGAUAGAUUUUAUCCAGUUGGUCAUCUUUUAGUUUUUCUAUUAUCCGCUCCUUGAGGAUGGGAUAGCGAUAGAUGUUCGAAGAAAAAGAUGAAGAUCUUCAACAUGAGGGGUCCUGGUAUUUGGUAGCCUGAUUUUGAUCAUAAGGAAAAUAAGAAGAGAAUCCCUGUGAUCGAAUUCAGGUUACCAAAUACCAGAGCCAUACACAACAAGGAGUUGACAACUAGUCGCUUGAGCUCUAAUCUUCUCGGCCUCGGCGACGACAUCUAUUUCCGUACUAGCAUGUUGGGCCUGCGUUCUGUCUGGCGACGGCAUUUGAGUCCGUUGCUCGUUUACGGUCUGCCAGCAGGGGCUUUUCCGCCAAUUGAAUGCAACAUUGCCAGUUUUAUCCAAGCGACGGAUCUGAAGCAUUAUCCAAAAGUUGCCCAGAAAUUCCGGAAGAACAAAAGCAAGGUGGAAAUGGCAAUCAAUGUUUUUCUGAUAUUAUGGCUACCGCUAAUAAAGCAUCCUCAGUACCAUCUGCCCCGUGCUUUUUUUCUAUCUGAAAAAGAAGCCAACAAGGAUGGACGCUCUACUCAGGGAUGCGAACGCGCUAGCUCUAAUGAGAGGCGCAUUGUUGAUGUACUGCGUCGUAGUACCACUUGUUUGUUUGCAUUGCGCGCGUCGACUGGGGAGGAAGAGUCGAGGUGUGGGACGCAUUGUGGGAAGACGAAUGCAAGCGGUUUGGACCCGUCUGACGGGACGAGACGGAGGACAUCAAGGUCAGUAAAUGUUUGGUAUAAGAAGUACAUAAAGUGGACAUGAAUUUGAAUACUUAAAUAAUAUUUGUUGAAAAUAUAACGACAAGAAUCAGCACCGUACUGGCUUUUCAAUCUGAGAUUGUUGAUAACAUCAAAGUGCAAGACAAAAAUUUUCGAAAUCAUGAGGUACUAAUAUUACAACAUGUAAAAAGAUGUUUCAAUUCCUCCGAAAGUAGACGCAAAACUUUUAUGUGCAUCCUUGAAAAAACCAACGCCAACAACUUGUCGUGUCUCGGAGUUUCUCCAUGAAAUCCAGUUUCUUGUCUGAAUAUAGGAGCGCGCUAAAUGUAUCACAACAAGAGACUGAAGCGCAAGCCAUCGUUUGAAGCGUUUACCUUGUGUGAUGUUUGUGCCCUCCUGUACACGAGCAGUCAUAUGGUGUGUGUUGUUUUGUCGUUCAUGGUGUCUGGGAAGAGUUCUGAUGAUGUAGCAGUGCUGAUGUAAAGCUGCGAUCAACGGUUCUGAAAAUUGAAAGAUCAUCAGUAUCGGUGAAGACCUUCCAGUCCUUGGUGAAUGAUAGCGUUGAUGUCC